AUGGGCGACUCCGGACGAGACUCCAUUUCGGCAAUGCGGCCCUGCCGUAUUGCCAACUGCUCCGGCGCACGUGGUGAUCCGGGCUACCAGAUGCGUCGACAGGCGGUUCUUGGCCCCGUCGACUUCAUCACAGGCGACUACCUCGCCGAGAUGAACCUGGCGGAAAAUGCCCAGAAAAUGGCAGCCGGCCAACACGACGGCUGGGAGCCGACGGCCUGGGACGGCCUGGAGCAGACGCUUGACGUGAUCAAGCCAAAAGGCAUCCGGAUCAUCAUCAACGGCGGAGCUCUAAAUCCCAAGGGGUUGGCGCAAAAGACGCAAAAGUUCGUGGACGAGAAAGGACUCGACUUGAAGGUCGCGUACGUGUUUGGAGAUGACCUGUUGGACGAAGUCAAGACCGAACUGGAGCAGACGGGCAAGCUACCGCAGCAUCUCGACGGGGAGAACGACAAGGUGUCACUGGCCGAGAACGCGACUGACUUGCUGGACACAAAGGGCAAACCCAUCGUGAGCGCCAACGCCUACCUCGGGGCGCGAGCCAUCGUCAAGGGUCUCGAGCUCGGCGCUGAUGUGAUCAUCUGCGGGCGGGUUGCCGACGCGUCCCCGGUCAUCGGCGCGGCCUGGUACUGGCACAAAUGGUCAGACACAGACUACGACCGCCUGGCGGGCGCCUUGAUCGCGGGCCACCUGAUCGAGUGCUCGGCGUACGUGACGGGGUCCAACUUUGCGGGCUUCGACGAGUAUCCGCUCGAGACGUUCGUGGACCUGUCGUACGGCAUUGCCGAAGUGGCCGAGGACGGCACGUCGGUGAUCACCAAGCACGAGGGCACCAACGGGCUCGUCAACGUCGACAACGUCAAGUGUCAAUUCCUGUACGAGCUGCAGGGAGGCACGUACCUCAACUCGGACGUCUCGGCGGACACGACCGACAUCCAAAUCGAACAGGUCGGCCGGAACAGAGUCCGGCUGUCGAACAUCAGAGGCCACCCGCCGCCUCCGACGACCAAGCUGGCCAUCUUCUACCACGGCGGGUACGAGGCACAGCUCCUCACCAAUGCCACGGGCUACGCCACGGCGGAGAAAUGGCGGCUCUUCGAGAUGCAGCUCCGCCACGCGCUCGCGCAAAAGGGCCUGACGGACGCCUACCAGCUUCUCGACUUCCAGGUGCUGGGUACGCCGAAGCCGGACCCGCGGUCCCAGUUCGCGAGCACGACGUACUGUCGCGUGUUCGUCCAGGCCGACGCCGAAGUACCCAUCUACGCCCUCCUCAAGACGUGGUCCGAGAUAGGCAUGCAGCAUUUCAGCGGUUUCCAUCUCAGCCUGGACACGCGCACCGCGCUCCCGAGACCCUACCUCGCCUUUUACCCGGCGGUAUACCCGCAGAUGAAGCUGAAAGAGGGCGUCGCCCUGCUUGAGGGCCACAACACGAAAACCGCAGAUGCCGGCCACCCGCCCAAGUACCAGGCCCUCUCGCCGCGCGAGAACUACGAGACGCUGCACCCCGUGGGGUUGUCCUCGUUCGGCCCCACGCGCAAAGCACGGCUCGGCGACGUCGUGCUAGCCCGCUCGGGCGACAAGGGCGCCAACAUCAACUUCGGCGUCUUUGUCCGCCUGCCGCAUCAGUAUCCCUGGCUUCGGUCGUUCUUCACGCGGCAAAGACUGCAGGAUCUGAUCGGCCCCGUCGAUUGGCGGGACGACUUCUUUAUCGAGAGAAUGGAGUUUCCGGAAAUCUGGGCCGUGCAUUUCGUCAUCUACGGCCCCCUGGGGCGCGGGGUGAGCAGUUGUCGCUUGUUGGAUGCGUUGGGCAAGGGCUUUGCCGACUACAUUCGCGACAAGGUGGUAGAUGUGCCGGCGAAGUUUUUGGAAGAGGUCCAGGAGGUGAAGAGGGAGAGGAGGGCCAUGCUGUAA